CAGGGGACUUGUCACGUGACGGUGCUGUCCUCUCGCCCACGGCAGAGCUGGGGUCCUCCUGGAGCAGGGGGUCCGCCCUGGACACUGGGAAGAGCGAGCUUUGGGUGGGAGCUGACGCGUGGGAACCCUCCCUCCCGCAGGCCCGUGAAACCCGAGAUGCCCCUGAGGGUGGAGGAGGCCAGGAAGCCACCUGAGAAGUCCCUGUCCAUGGCGGAUGUCCUGAAGCUGCUGAGCUGCCUCUGGGAGCUGAAGGAGGUGAAGGUGACCAUCAAGCACACGUGUCAGGGCACCCUGCUCACCGCCACCAUGGCAAUGUUUGGGGGCCUGGUCGGGGGCCCAGCAGGAGUGGCCGUUGGGAGCGCUGUCGGGGGGCUCCUAGGGGCCUGGAUGACCAGCGGGCAGUUUAAGUCGGUCCCUCAGAUCCUCAAGGAGCUGCCGCCCGCCGAGCAGGAGAAGCUGCGCAGCGAGGUCACGGCCAUCGUCAGGCACCUGGACUGGAAGGAUGUCAAGGGGCUGAGCAAGCAGGUCAAGGACAGCCCGGCCCUGCAGCAGCAGCUGUGGGUGCCGGUCAAGGACUGCCUCAGAAAGGUGGAGGCCACCGUGCAGAACUGCGGCUAG